GGGCGCUUUCUCGUUACGUGAGUGUGUGGGUUAUUAGUCUUUUCUUCUGCUCUGAUCUAGUUUUAAUAUGCAUAACUCGCCCCUCUCUCAACUCUCUAGGAACCCUUUCAGAAAAAAAGGUUGCGAAUGGGUUCUUGCGAGUGCGAGUGUUUGGCCGAUUCUCCUCCUGCUGCUAUUCCUUACUUCCAACGCCUACUUCGCCGUCCUUCCACUCCCAGCUCGGUCUGAGAAGGAAAAAAAAAGAAUUAGUUGCCUCUGCCUACUAAUAUUCUUCGCCUCGUCCGACUCCUAUCAGCCUACGAGAAUAGAGAGUUGUAGUAGUGUCAAGCCGUCGACAGAAAGAGAAAGAGCCAAAGAGCAAGGGACAAUUGGUCAAGCUCUUCUUAUUCGACCGACACGACAUAUUACUUCUUUCCGAGCAGGUCAGCCGCUUUCCCCAGCUGAACUUGAGAAUCGCCGCCAUCCUCGUCCCCCGAUCUUUUCAGCCCGAUUGCUUCAUUGAGGCUCCAAAUACCUUGUAUUUCUUUUGGUUCAUUCAUAGGGAUUAUCUCGGUGUAUUAUCAUCGUGUUAUUAUUAUUUAUAUGUUAUUUAUUAUCACGACGAGUUACGUUUUCCUACUAUAUUAGAAUACCCUCCCACGCUCUUCUGUUUCUCAAGUACGAGCUUUCACAAACCACACCGGCGCUGCCGACACAUCAUUGUCUUGUUCAUACGUCUACGAACU